CGUUUUGAUGACGUAGUUCACAUCACAUUGCGAACACGUUUCGCAAUAUUUUGAAAAUUUGUACAUUUAGUUCAUUUAUUAAGUAAUUCAAGCAGUUUCAUAGGUGUGUUACAUCAAUCAAGUUCAUUCCAGAGCUCAUUUCCACCAAGAACAGUAUUUGAAAGUUACUAUGGCGGUUAGAACACAAUUUGAAGGAAAUAAUGAGGUGGGGGUAUUUGCAAAACUCACCAAUUCUUACUGCCUUGUCGCAAUGGGAGGGUCAGAGAACUUUUACAGUGUAUUUGAAGGAGAAUUGGCUGAGACUAUUCCAGUGAUACACACAUCGAUUGCUGGCUGUAGGAUAAUAGGACGUAUGUGUGUAGGAAACAGAAAUGGUCUCUUAGUGCCAUCAACUACUACAGAUCAAGAACUACAACACAUACGCAACUCUCUACCAGACAGUGUAAAAAUACAGCGUGUUGAGGAGAGACUUUCAGCCCUUGGUAACGUCAUAGCUUGUAACGACUAUGUAGCCUUGGUACAUCCAGAUCUUGAUAAAGAGACAGAACAGAUCUUAGCUGACACAUUAAAAGUUGAAGUAUUCAGACAAACUAUAGCAGAACAAGUGUUAGUAGGCAGCUACUGUGCAAUAAGCAAUCAGGGUGGACUAGUUCAUCCAAAGACAUCAGUCGAAGAUCAAGAUGAACUGUCAUCUCUUCUACAGGUUCCACUUGUGGCAGGUACACUUAACAGAGGUAGUGAGGUUAUAUCAGGAGGUAUGGUGGUAAAUGAUUGGGUGGCAUUCUGUGGCUUAGACACGACUAGUACAGAAGUUAACGUCAUAGAAUCCGUAUUCAAAUUAGGAGAUAACCAACCAAGCACAAUGUCAACACAAAUGAGAGAAUCUCUAAUUGAUAGUAUGACGUAAUACUCUCUGUCCCUGAUGAUAAUACUUCACUGUAUAUAAGAUGUACAUACAAAAACAUUGCCAUCAUCAGCGCACAUGGCUUCUACAUGAAUUAUCAGAACACCAUUGACCAAAUUCAUAUUUGAAUUCAUUGGAAUGGGACUUUUUGAUGAGAUCUCCCACAUGAUAGCAGACAUGCUACAAAUAUUAUUCUGGACAGAUUCCUAAACUGGAUAGAGUAAAUAAUUCUCGGUUUAAAGAGUAUGAAUAUGAAGAAUCAGACUGACAGUUCAUUCAGGAUCGGUCUUUCACUGCUUUCAUAGUAGCUCAUUUACUCUUGUGUAAUGCAAUGCAUUACUCUUAGGCCAAGGAUGGAUUUAAUAAAUAACUGGAUGAUGUCUUGAUAAUCAUGGCGUUGCCAAUGCCAACUUUAAGUGCCACUUUAUUGUGCCAUUGCGUGUGGACUGCAAAUGUUACAAAGUGACACAAUCAUGUACAAUUGAAUACAAAUAAACAAAUGUAGAAAUACAUUCAUUUUAAAAAUAUUGGAUGAUGUAAUUAUGAUUGCCAAUAAAACCAACAAUAUUUU